AUGCAUCUUCCAGUUACAACCGCGAUCGCUGCUUCCAGUGUGCUUUCAGGCGCGCGAUAUGACACUUCGAGCUACAAGACGAGCGAUGCUCUAUCGACCUAUGCGCCUGUCCUAGUGAUGCGUCAGGAUGCGUCUGCGUCCAGGCCACAAACUACAAUGGCUUCAACCAUCGCCGGUAUAGUAGUGGGCUCAGUACUAGGCCUGGUCUUCCUCGGCCUCCUUGGCUACGCGCUGUUUGCAGCAUCUCGUGGCAUCAACGUAUGCAAUUGCUGUAGUGAUUGUUUCGGCAAACGCGACGAUGAUGAGGAGCCAGGGUGUUUACCUUCGCGAUCUUCCGACACGUAUCCGUUCCCGGAACGGAACAAUCCUGGGCCAGGGACGGGGUAUUACCGCCCUGCGCGGCCGCUUAUGCAGGACCCUCUUCCUUUGACCAUGCCACACCAGGUUAAGGAUGAGCGUGCGGGAAAGUUGCAGCGGAAGCGGGGAUAG